AUGGAUGAGAUCAUAGAACCAAACACCUUUGAAGAGGCAGCCACAGACAGUAAGUGGGUAGAGGCAAUAAAGAAUGGGAUAGAUGCCUUAGAGAGGAACAAGACUUGGGAAAUAGUUGAUCUUCCUGCUGAUUUGAGUUUCACUAUGCAGUUAUUAAGUCAAUACAUGAGUAGUCCUAGCAAAUUGCAUAUGAAGGCAGCAAUGAAUGUGAUUAAAUACUUGAAGAAAGAUUCUAAUAAUGGCAUCUUCUUUCUUUCUAGUGGAGGGACAAUGCUUGAAGGAUAUUUAGAUUUUGACUGGGGGGCUUAUGCAGAUACUCGAAGAUCUGUUAUAGGGUAUAUCAUUAAGAUGGGAGGAACGCCAGUUGUAUGGAAGUUAAAGAAACAAACAACAAUUUCACAUUCCUCCGCAGAUGUUGAAUACAAGGCCUUAGGAAGUACUGUUUUAGAGAUUACAUGGCUAAUUGGUUUGCUGAAGGACCUGAAGGUUGAUAGUCCUCUCCCUAUUCUAGUACAUUGUGACAGCAAAGCAGUAAUUCAAAUUGCUUCGAGUUUGGUAUUUCAUGAAUGGACGAAGCAUUUGAAAUUGAUUUCCAUUUUGUUUGUGAAAAGCUUCAAGAAGGAUUAA